CUCAUCCGCUUCCCCCCUCCCUUUUGUCGCCGUUCAUUUCCCCUCUUCAGCCUCCAUCAACUCUCCUGUGACUGUCUGGCAUCUGUGUUUCGUGCCUUGAAUUUUCUACGAUCGCUGGUUCUAGAGAUGCUUCCCUAGAUCCUUCCUUCAUCAUACAAGUCGUUGCUUCUGUCCAGUCUUUCGGUCCCACCCUUCCCUCUCUCCUGUCGGCGGGUUUCACUCGCCUGUACCAGUUCCUGAUCGUCCCUGUGUUGCUGCUGCUGACUGCUGUGGCUGUGGCGGUCUUGCAUCUCAUUUCUUCGUCAACUGUCAGCGAUUGAAGGAGUGUCCCCUUUCAAUUCCUCUCAUUUUCUCGAACUCUCCAUCCUCUCAGUCUUCUCUCUCCACUCUUUCUCUCCUUUUCCUCUCUCCCGAGGCCUGUGACUGAAUUGCUCGGGUCCUCAUCAAAUCGUUUCUAUCCAGGAUCCCCUCCCUCGAGAUACCAGACCGCCCUUCACAAUGUCCUGGAAAAUUACCAAAAAAUUAAAGGAAACGCAUCUUGCGCCUUUAACACAGACCUUCACACGGUCUUCUUCAACAUCUACCAUCAAGGGCGACUCAGGGGAGGAAACUCCGGUCGUCUCGCAGACUCCGACGCCGAGUAUCUCCACAAGCGCAUCGAACGGAAUCGCCGCCUCGGAAUCCCUCGUCUCCCCCCCCGUGGCCGCUGUUCAGCCUGGCAUCUUGAUAGUCACCCUCCACGAAGGUCGCAGUUUUCAACUUCCGGCACAUUAUCAGCAGGUUUUCAACUCCCACCUUCAGACUCACAAUGGCUACGGAAUGCGCCCCAGCUCUUCCUCAUCACACUCCACACAUGGUCAGGCGAAUUCCUACGUACAGAGUAACCGACCUCAGUCAACAAGCGGAGGCAUCAAUGCUGCUCCGACCAUCCACGGGCGUUACUCGACCAAAUAUCUCCCUUACGCCCUUUUAGAUUUCGAGAAGAACCAAGUUUUUGUCGAUGCCGUUUCGGGAACUCCAGAAAAUCCACUAUGGGCAGGCGAUAACACCGCGUUCAAAUUCGACGUUUCCCGUAAGACUGAUCUGAACGUUCAACUAUAUCUCCGCAACCCUACCGCUCGCCAAGGUGCCGGCCGCAAUGACGACAUUUUCUUAGGUGCUGUCAAGGUGCAUCCUCGCUUUGAGGAGCAAUCUCAACCAUACAUUGACGAUCCCAAGUUGGGAAAAAAGGAGAACCAGAAGGCUGCUGCUGCUCAUGCUGCGCAGGAACGCAACUUGGGACAGUUGGGGGCUGAGUGGCUAGAACUACAGUUUGGUUCCGGGUCGAUCAAGAUUGGCGUUUCGUUUGUUGAGAAUAGACAACGUAGUAUGAAGUUGGAGGAUUUCGAACUGCUCAAGGUCGUGGGUAAGGGCAGUUUCGGAAAGGUCAUGCAGGUCCUGAAAAAGGAUACCGGUCGAAUUUAUGCCCUCAAAACCAUUCGCAAAGCACAUAUCAUCUCACGGUCCGAAGUUACCCACACUCUCGCCGAAAGAUCCGUGCUUGCGCAGAUCAAUAAUCCAUUCAUCGUGCCCCUCAAGUUCUCUUUCCAGUCGCCUGAGAAGUUGUACUUGGUACUGGCCUUUGUGAAUGGCGGAGAGCUCUUCCAUCACCUCCAGCGGGAGCAACGAUUUGAUGUCAACCGAGCGCGCUUCUACACAGCCGAACUGCUUUGCGCUCUGGAGUGCUUGCACGGCUUCAAGGUUAUCUAUCGUGAUCUGAAGCCUGAAAACAUUCUGAUCGAUUACACCGGUCACAUUGCUCUUUGCGACUUUGGGUUGUGCAAGUUGGAUAUGAAGGAUGAAGAUCGAACCAACACCUUUUGCGGUACACCAGAGUAUCUUGCUCCAGAGCUUCUGCUUGGUCAAGGAUAUACCAAGACCGUCGACUGGUGGACACUUGGUGUGCUCCUCUACGAGAUGCUGACAGGUCUUCCACCGUUCUACGACGAGAACACAAACGACAUGUACCGGAAGAUUCUGCAGGAACCAUUGACCUUCCCAAGCAGCGAUAUUGUUCCACCAGCUGCCCGUGACCUCCUUACUCGACUCCUCGACCGUGACCCUCAUCGCCGACUUGGUGCCAAUGGUGCUGCAGAAAUCAAAUCCCACCAUUUCUUCGCAAACAUUGACUGGCGUAAGCUGCUCCAAAGGAAGUAUGAGCCGAGCUUCCGACCCAACGUGGCUGAUGCUCGCGACACCAAGAACUUUGAUGAAGAUUUCACCCGCGAACUACCCAAAGAUUCGGUUGUGGAAGGGUCCAUGUUGUCCUCGACUCAGCAGCAGCAAUUUGAGGGAUGGUCGUACAACCGGCCCGUUGCUGGCCUCGGAGACGCCGGCGGCAGUGUCAAGGAUCCAUCCUUUGCAAGCAUUCCCGAGCAUUAAGCUGUUUCCCGGGGUGGAGAGACGGGCCUGCGUUAGCCAAACACCUGCAGUUUCCCGUUCCACGGUGGGAACAGUUCAUCCGGUUUCGCAGUUAUAUUUCACUGCUGCCUAUGCAUAUACUGCCACUUGCGCCAGACGCCUCGUUCUUCCUUCUGUUCCCGGUUUCGGGGACUCAAAUCCCCCCGCAAUUUUUUGAUUGGAUUAGUAUGUGGCAGUGAUCUCUCGGUUUGAGCGAAUUGUGUCCUUUCUCUAUUUGUUCAUCCUUGCAUCAAAGAUACAACCAGGCAGGACCCUACGCGUUCAUUUCUCAAUUUACCGUGUUGCAAACGACUUGUCUCUUUUUUUUCUGACCAUAUCGUGCUUUCACGUAUCUAUCUUUGGGGCUUUGCGAGUGUCUCCGUGUUCUUGGGAUGAAAUGGGACAGUCCUCUUCGUUUCUGCCUACCGGAUUAGCUCUGCUUCUUCCUUCCCAACCUGCUGGACUGAUCCAAUCGACUUCUCUAGCAAACCACAAAUUUGCCUUAGGGGAGUAGUACAUUUGGGCUGAUUUACAGAUCCCCAUCUAGAGUGUCAUUGCUGAACUCACACUUUCGAUUGUCAUUUGAUGCGGUUUCUUUGCCCUCCUUACAUAUGUCGGGUUCUUUUGAUUUCCCCAGGCGGGUUUCUGCACAGUUGGAGGGUUCAAGCAAUUUGUAAGGAAAGCAUGGAUGUUGAUUCAAUGGCCAGUUCAUAAACCAACAAUGAAUUCUCAGUUCAUCCGUCAAUAUGCCCAUGUAGAGCUGAUUACUAUAUGUCCUGAUCAAAAUUAGUUUACUAGAAGGGGCGGCCAGAGGAUACUUAAAUUCAUG